UCCAUUCUGUUAUUUAAAAAUACUUUACCUUCAUUUCCGCCAUAUAACGUAUUUGCGCAAUAUCAUUUCAAGCCAAGAUAUUACCAGCUUAUGAGAUAAUUAUCGUGUAUUCUGAGGAAGAUGUCGUCCAUGUUCUAUAAGACAAAAGCUGUCAGCUGUCCGCGAAACUGGGAUGAAUAUUUGGAAGCCGCCUCCAAACUUUGUCCUCAGUUUGACGGGGAGUAUAAUUAUAUCUGUGUUCCCAACCAAAACAAAACAGAAUUUGUUCAGUUCUGUUUCAGAAGCGGAAGGUUUCCUGCUUGGCAGUUAGCCGAGCAUUGUGCAUACCUUCACAACACUGGUAACAUGAAUGCUGAGAAUUGCACAAGAUUUUCUUAUGGAUGCCCGAAAAAACAUUACAUGACUAAAGAGAUUUAUAAAUAUCAAGCGUGUUUAGAUAUAAAUCCAAAAAGAGGAUGUUACAUUGCAGAUUCAAAUUGCAGCAAGUCACUUACCUUAGCAGUGACUCCAGCUAGUACAUCCCCAGCUGCAGGGAAUGGAGUAACUAUAGCCCUGUCCGUUGUAUUUGGUGUGAUAUUUUGUCUCCUUAUCUCAGUACUUAUAUCUUUCAUCUAUAUGAAGAAAAGAGGAAAAUACAGAAAGAAAAAGCAAAAAGACACCAACUCCCAUCCAGCAAAAGAAUAUAAAAGAACUGAAAACGAAAAUGUAAAACUCCUAGGAAAUUCAGCAGAAAAUGAAAGAGAAACGAAUAACGAACCAUAUGUGCCGUUACAUGAAAGAGGUUACAUUUCAGAAAAACCAAACGUCAAAAUAAUGGAUUUCAAAGAUAAAAGAAAUACAAAAGCACCUGCUCUUUAUUCUGCCUGUGAGAACGGAAAAACAGAUUUGUGCCGAUAUCUGCUCAAUCACUAUCCAGACAUGCAUAGUCAGGUAGAUGAUAAUGGAUGGAAUGUCGCAUUAUAUGCCGCACGAGGAGGAAAAGUUGAAAUUCUAGAACUACUGGCACAAAAAGGCGUCGAUAUGACAUAUAAAAAUAAGAAUGGCAGUAACAUUCUUCAUAUUGCUUGUGGUAAUUCUAAAUUAGAAAUGUGCCAAUAUAUCAUCCAACAUUAUCCAUAUAUGCUUAAUCAGGUAGAUGUUGAUGGAUGGAAUGUCGCAUUAUAUGCCGCACAUGGAGGAAAAGUUGAAAUUCUAGAACUUCUGGCACAAAAAGGCGUCGAUAUGACAUAUAAAAAUGAUAAUGGCAGUAAUAUUCUUCAUAUUGCUUGUGGUAAUUCUAAAUUAGAAAUGUGCCAAUAUAUCAUCCAACAUUAUCCAUAUAUGCUUGAUCAGGUAGAUGUUGAUGGAUGGAAUGUCGCAUUAUAUGCCGCACAUGGAGGAAAAGUUGAAAUUCUAGAACUUCUGGCACAAAAACGCGUCAAUAUGAUUUUUAAAUAUAAGAAUGGCAGCAAUAUUCUUCACAUUGCUUGUAUGAACUCUAAAUUAGAAAUGUGCCGAUAUAUCACCCAGCAUUAUCCAGAGUUGCUUAAUCAGGAAGAUCAUAAUGGAUGGAAUGUUGCAUUAUAUGCCGCACAAGGAGGAACUGUUGAAAUUGUAGAACUUCUGGCAGAAAAGGGCGUCGACAUGACACAUAAAAACAAGGAAGGCUGUAGUAUUCUUCACAUUGCUUGUAUGAAGUCUAAAUUAGAAAUGAGCCAACAUAUCAUCCAACAUUAUCCAGACAUGCUUAAUCAUUUAAAUGAUAAUGGAUGGAAUGUCGCAUUAUAUGCCGCACAAGGAGGAAAUGUUGAGAUUUUAAAACUUCUGGCGGAAAAAGGCGUUGAUAUGAUUUAUAAAAAUAAAGAUGGCGGAAAUAUUCUUCACAUUGCUUGUAUGAACUCUAAAUUAAAAAUGUGCCAAUAUAUCGUCCAACAUUAUCCAGACAUGCUUAAUCAGGUAGAUGUUGAUGGAUGGAAUGCCGCAUUAUAUGCCGCACAAGGAGGAAAUGUUGAGAUUUUAAAAUUUCUGGCAGAAAAAGGCGUCGACAUGACAUAUAAAAAUAAGGAUGGCAGUAAUACUCUUUCCAUUGCUUGUAUGAACUCUAAAUUAGAAAUGUGCCAAUAUAUCACCCAGCAUUAUCCAGAGUUGUUCAAUCAGGAAAAUUAUAAUGGAUGGAAUGUUGCAUUAUCUGCAGCACAAGGAGGAAAUGUUAAAAUUUUAAAACUUCUGGCAGAAAAGGGCGUCGACAUGACAUAUAAAAAGAAGGUCGGUUGUAGUAUUCUUCAUAUUGCUUGUAUGAAGUCUAAAUUAGAAAUGUGCCAAUAUAUCAUCCAACAUUAUCCAGACAUGCUUAAUCAUUUAAAUGAUAAUGGAUGGAAUGUCGCAUUAUAUGCCGCACAAGGAGGAAAUGUUGAGAUUUUAAAAUUUCUGGCAGAAAAAGGCGUCGACAUGACAUAUAAAAAUAAGGAUGGCAGUAAUAUUCUUCACAUUGCUUGUAUGAACUCUAAAUUAGAAAUGUGCCGAUAUAUCACCCAACAUUAUCCAGAGUUGCUUAAUCAGGAAGAUUACAAUGGAUGGAAUGUUGUAUUAUAUGCCACACAAGGAGGAAAUGUUGAAAUUUUAGAACUUCUGGCAGAAAAGGGCGUCGACAUGACACAUAAAAACAAGGAAGGCUGUAGUAUUCUUCAUAUUGCUUGUAACAAUUCUAAAUUAGAAAUGUGCCAAUAUAUCAUCCAACAUUAUCCAGAUAUGCUUAAGCAGGUAGCUAAUGAUGGAUUGAAUGCCGCAUUUUAUGCUGCACAAGGAGGAAAUGUAGAAAUUUUAAAACUUCUGGCGGAAAAAGGCGUCGGUCUAGCAUAG